AUGGCCAGUGUAAUAGAGACUGAAAGGUCUAUUUUAGAAGAACUUGAGGUCAUUGAAAAUGCAUUAUCUAAGAGAUUUAAGCGGAACCCAAAUCUCUUACCACUGUCUGCGCUUGCGCCUGUAAAGUUGAUGCAAACCGGUAGCACACUGAAGAAGAGGCCCUUUAGAGAAGUUAUUUUACAACAACAUGAGGUAAAAUUUUUCGUGGAGAGAUACAAGGAACUUGCCAGUAGCAUAAUAAACAGUGGGAAGGAGAAAGUUCUAGAUGAACAACUUGUAAAGUUGAGAGAUCCGUCACAUAAUUUCCAGGAGUUUGAUAAGAUGUUUGCAAGCAUCAAAGAGCAACAUGACUUAUAUGACAAUCAGCAGCAACUCCAUAAUAGGAACCUACCAGUGGUAACUGACGAUGUGGCUCAUAUGUAUGAAAUGUUUUCAAGUAGGCCUGAUGACAACGACUCUAUAGUGAAAAGAGCUAAGAGAAAGCACAUACUAAGUAAGGCGGCAUCGCAUAUUGAUUUAAGAUCUACCUUUUCUGAAGAGGAGGAGUAUGGAAAAUCAUUAUAUUUGGUUCCUUUCUUCGAAACCUACAAGAAUCUUGUUGAGAAUUCUACAAUAAGUUAUGUAGAGUACUUAUCGUUGUAUGACGUCGUUCCGUAUUCAGCGAUAUCUAAUCGUAAAUUAUAUGCCAAAUACCUCGAUGAAUUGCUAGCAUACCAAUUGGAUUUCAUACGAAGGAGUAGACCAUUCGAAGAUAUCGUAUUAUCUGAAAUUCAAAAUAUAAAAAUUGAAACUGCUGGUGUAGAAGCAACUGACUCGAAAGUUGAGGCUGUUGCUGAUGGAUCGACCAACGAAAAGGGUGAAAUCUUCUGUCUAGCUUGUGACAAAUGGUUUGCUAAGGAGUCUGUGUAUAAAGGACAUCUUACUGGUAAAAAGCAUAUUAAGAAUCUGAAAAGAAGUACCGAAGAACUGUCCCAGGAAGGACCAUCCCAGGAGAAGUCUGUUUCUUUGACUGAACAGAAAAUUAGGUUCCUUGGAAAGUAUCUCAAAAGGGAGAGGGAAUGUGCGAUUAAUUCGGUGGAACGUAAAGCAAAUUCCACUGAGAGAGAGCGUUUGCUCGAAAUAGCUGCUGCUCGGGAUGAGGAAUCCCAAUUAACAGAUAUAGAAUCGGGAAACGAUUCCAAUUCAGACAAUGAUAGCGGUGCUAACUCUGACGAUGAUGAUGAUGAUGCCAACGGAUUCAAGAACUUACCUGUCGGCGCGGAUGGUCAGCCAAUGCCAUUUUGGUUGUAUAAGCUUCAAGGUUAUCACAAAUCGUAUAAUUGUGAAGUGUGUGGGGACAUCACAUAUAAAGGUAGAGUUGUUUUCAGUAAGCAUUUCACUGGACUUAAACAUCAACAAGGACUAAAAAUGCUAGGGGUUAAUGAUGAAUCACUACCAUUGUUCAAGAACAUAACGAAAAUUGAUGAAGCAAUUGAACUUUGGAGAAGGAUUAAAAGAACUACAAGAAUCAGAGAAGGUGACACUGAAAACGCAAUAGAAGUGGAAGAUGCAGAUGGUAAUGUAAUGAGUAAAAAAGAUUACGAAGAGUUGAAAAGACAAGGUUUACUUUAG